AUGAAGUUGGUUAAAAAGCAUAUAGAAAGAGAUCGUUCGGGAUAUCUCGUACUAUAUCCCGAACAAUUGGAGGAUAUGUGGCAUGUCUACAACUUGAUAUCCGUCGGAGAUCAACUCAAGGCUACAACUAUAAGGCGUGUUCAUACCGAGAGUUCUACGGGGUCUGUCGACUCUCAAAGGGUACGAACGACUCUUACGAUCACGGUUGAAAACAUUGACUUUGACUCACAAGCCGGAAUACUGAGAAUAAAAGGUAGAAACAUAGUAGAGAACAGAUAUGUAAAGCUCAACGCGUAUCACACCAUUGACCUCGAAUUAAAUCGCAACUUUACUCUUAUCAAACGCGAAUGGGAUAUAAUAUCACUGGAAAGAGUCGAAGAAGCAUGCGAUAUAACCAAACAAGCUGACGUAGCGGCAGUAGUGUUACAAGAAGGGUUGGCCAAUUUAUGUCUGGUCACGCAGAAUAUGACUAUUGUACGUCAACGUAUCGAACAAGCUAUUCCGAGAAAGCGGAAAGGAUCAGUUACAAACCACGAAAAGGGUUUACAAAAGUUUUACGAACAAGUAAUGCAGGCUAUUAUACGGCACGUUAACUUUGACAUUGUUAAAGUAAUUAUAUUGGCAAGUCCAGGAUUUACCAAGGACCAAUUAUUCGAGUACAUAUACGCAGAGGCAGUGAAAAAUGAUGACAAAAUUCUCUUGGAAAAUAAAUCCAAGUUCAUGCUAAUUCAUUGCUCAUCUGGCCAUAAACACGCUCUCCAAGAAGUGCUCCAGGAUCCUGUAGUGCAAAACCAACUUGCCGACACCAAAUAUGCACAAGAAAUGACAACUCUUGAUAAAUUCUUCAAAAUGUUAAACGAUGACCCUGACCGUGCAUUUUAUGGUUGGAAUCAUGUGAGCAAGGCGGAAGAAAGAGCUGCUGUUGGAACUUUGAUGCUUAGCGAUGAGCUUUUCAGAUCGGCCGAUAUUCAAACGAGGAGAAAAUACAUCCGGCUUGUUGAAAACGUUCGUAGUCAUGGUGGGAAAGUACUAGUGUUUUCCAGUCUACACGUGUCUGGUGAACAACUUAAUCAAUUGGGGGGUGUGGCUAGCAUACUUAAUUUCCCGUUACCAGACAUAGAGGAUGAAGAUGAGGAAGAAGGCGACGGCGGCGGAGACGACAAUAAUGCGCAAGAGGUUAAUGCAGAUUAA